AUGGUCCGCGUCGCGCAGGAUCCGGUGCGCCCGCCGGCGGACACGCUGGCGCGCACCCUGGCGCGCACGGCUAUGGUGCCGGACAAGGCUACACUGGCGGCGGCGGAAGCAGCGGUUAUGGCGGGCACGGGUAUGCGGGGGGAGGUGGCGCACCUAGGGGCCCGCGCGGAGGCAGGGCGCCCCCCCGUGAACCCCGCCGUUGCUGAGGCUGGCGCGCGGGCUGUGCGGUGGCUAGAAGAGGUAUCGGAGGGAAUUUGCGCUGACGUGGCGUUGCGCGGAGCGGCCAGCGAUUCUGGAGCCAGUCGUUUACCGACAGCUGGCGGCGAUGUGGCGUCGCUACUCCAGUCACCCAUGGCCCCUCAGCUGCUCGCGUGGGAGCCUACCGCCGGUCGCAUCUGGAUGCUGCUGGAACGCCUGCUCGCUCACAGGGAUGCUGUCAUCCAAUCAGCAGCCGCCUCCGCCAUCGGGGUUGCAGCGGCGGUCCGUCUGCCAUCCGAGUCAAUCGCUCUCUCUCCAGGCGCUGCAGGACUGCCAGCUGUUGCUGCCUCAUUUGCAGGAGCGGAGCGUCUCUUUGCGUGGGCCCUCCCCCAGCUCACUGAUCCCAAUGCUGACGUGGCAAACACGCGCCUCGCCCUGCUGGCAGCUGCCCCGUUCUGCCAGCUGGCACCCGCGCCUUUAGCACCCGAAGCUGAUCCAAAGUCAGUCCCAACUGUUGCACCGGCAGGAGCAGCCACAGCAGCAGCAGCAGCAGCAGCAGCAGCAGCAGCAGCAGCAGCAGCAGCGGCGGCGGCAGCGGCGGCAGCAUCAGAGCCGUACGUCUCCAGUUGUGUGCAGGCCUGUCAGGGCCUGCUAGAGGACGAAGGAACGCCGCCCACCCUCCUGCCACCCAUCCUCUCCGUCCUCGUCGCCGUCGCAGAGCGCUUUCCCGGAACCUUCUUGCAGCAGUUUGAAGAAAUUAUCGACCUGCUGCUGGGGUGGGCCAUGGAGCCGUCAGUUCUGCCGGCUAGCCGGCAGCUUAUCAGCGACUGCUUCCUGCGGUUCGGCCGGCAGUGGCGGGAGAAGGGAACUUUCACUCGAAACGUGCUGCUGAAACUGGUGGGGGAUAUUGAGACAGAGGUGAAAACAGGCUGGCGAGGCAUCCCUAGCCCCAGCAGAGAUGUCACCCCGACAGGUGCGGUCAGGGGUGUGAGUGGCGGGGUUAUAGGGAAUGCAGCAGUUAAGCAAGGGAGUGCUUCCAAGGGGCAGGAUGAUGGGUCGUGGCAUCAGGUGGUUUCUUUGGAGAGCCUGUUCCGGCGCUGGCUGGCGCUGCUGAGAGAUCUCCUGCAGGUGGACAUUCAGGUGGAUUCUCAGGUGGAUUCUCAGGUGGAGGGAGGAGACGGCGGGAAAGCAGUGCCAGUGGCAGCAGGUGAUGCUGGUGUGGGAGGACGGGGAGCGGGGACAGCAGGUGGAGGGGAAUCAGUAGGAGGGGGAGGGCAGGUGAGGAGGGUGCCGGUGGGGAGGGCAGGUGUGGCACGGGUGGCAUGGGUGGCGGAGUGGUGGGCGGUGUUGCCUGUCUUCAUCUGGGCGCUCUGUGCGCAUGGUGGUAACCCGCAGCAGCACUCGUGGAAAGGCACUUGGAAAGGGAGACAACAGCAGCAACAGCGCGAAGAUCCGCCGCCUCGUUACUCUCCGGUUCAGCAGUUUCUGAGAAGCUUCUACGUGCCAGCUGUCGCGCCUCUCCUGAACGCCGUCGCCAGCACGCGCCUCUUCCCGCCACCCGCCCUCGCCGCCGUGCUGCGCUGCCACCUGGCAGCGCUUGAUUCGCUGCGGGGGCUCUGUGUGGCGGAGCUGCAGGCUCAACUGGGGGAGGUGGCAUCUGUCAAGCAACACGCAGCUGACCUGUCGCCGUGUGCUGACGUGGCGGAGUGGGAUUGGACGGCGGAGGAAGCGGAGGCGCUGCUGCGGUUUGACCUGGUGGCUCUGUCCUCGGGAGUGACACAAGGGGCUCUGCUGUGCGCUGACAGCAUCAAAGCAAAUACAGCAGCAGCAGCACCAGCAGCAGCAGCAGCAGCAGCAGCAGCGGUGGCGGCAGCGGCAGCAGCAGCACCAUCAGCGGCACAGCAAAUGGCGGCAGGCAUUUCCUUGCUGCUUCGUGCCCUUUUGUCAGACUACCGCCGCUGGACUCACCGCCUCUGGCCACUCCCGCGCUGCCAGGUGGCGGCGUUUCACGGGCUGAGGACCGCCUCUCAGGCAGCGUUCCGAGGCGAGUGCAUGCUGGUGGGUUUCGAUGCGACGACUACUGCAAGCACAUCCGCUGGAGCCACUGCCGCAAGUGCAGUCCUGGGUGCACCUGUUACUGCUGGUGCUGGGGAUGCUACUUCUGCAGAAUCAGAGAGUACAAGCGUUGAGAACGAUACCACUAAGGAUGUCACUGGCAAAACUAUUGCUGGGAGGAGGGCUAGGAGCAGCACCAAAGGUUUAAGUGCUGCUGCCCUUGUGCUCGCUGAGCUGGCGCUUAGCUGGCAUGACGUGGCGUGGGCAUUGCAGGAGGGCGAGGCCUGUGCUGGUCUGAAGCUGGAGGCUCUGGCAUGGCAGCAUGCUGCAUCCAUGGCCGCAGGAUCCUCUUUCAAAGAUUCAAUCCGAGCCAUCCAUUCCACUCAACCAAAUCUGAUUCCGGAAUUAGAUUCAACCGCCCUGUCCAACCCUACUAGCCAAACGAAUUCCACAGGGCAAUCCAAUCCUGCAAAGCUGGAUGUUUUGUCUGUAGCAGGGGCGGCGGUGUGGGCGGCAGUGGGGGCGUGCAGCGAGAUGCCGCGAGCGUGGCUGGCAUACGCCCAGUGGCUGGACUGCAUGGCUGACACACGCAUGCCCUGCCAUGCUGGCAUGCUUGGUGCUGACGUGGCGCAAGGCAAUGGCACAGGAGGGGAAGGAGAGGGGAGAAGGGAGGAUGGGGAGGAGCAGGAGGUGGAUGUGGUAGCAGCGCUGCCUGCGUCUCUGGAUGAUGAUUACCCUGUCAAUUCUGCUGCUGCUGCUGCUGCUGCUGCUGGUAUCAACGGCAUAAGUAAAUCGAGGUCUGGGCAGGGUGCCAUCUCCCCACCAUCUUUUCAGCUGCCAGAUACCCUCUCGCUCUCUCCUGCACUCUCUCCUCUUGGGGCCGGUUUUGGUGCAACUGCUGCUGCACCUGCUGCCGCUGCAGAAACCGCUGCUGCUGCUAGUGAAGGGGUGCAUGCUACAAGUGGUGCAUCGGAGACUGUCCUUGCUGGGUUCACGGAGGGAGAGAGGGAGGCUGUGCUGUGCGCUGUUACCCACCUUCUGAACCACCUGCGUCUGUCCGUACCUCAUGCUGGUAGUACCUCUACUGGUAUUGAUGUUAAUACUGCUGGCAGUGCUGGUGUUACUGCUGCUUCAUCCGGCACAGAGGCGGCCGAAAUGGUCGCGGAGGGAGCAGCAGCACUAGAAGCAGCAGGAGAAGCAGCACAAGCCUCCGCGCUCCCAGCUGCCCAAUCACUCGCUGCCACGUGUCUGGCCAUCAUGCACCGAUUCCUGCUGCUCCCAGCCCCACCAGCCUCGUUCUCCAACACUCUUCCCCAGCCCCUCUCCGUCUCCCCCUCUCAUGUCAAGUCCAAGGGAACAGAUGGAUUGCAUGUGGUCGGCACGGGAGGGGAUGUGGGUGGACUAGAUGCGGGUGGGUUGAAUGGUGGGUUGGACAGUGGGUUGGACGGUCGGUUUGAGGUGCGGUGCGUGGGAGGAGUGUCAGGGGCGAGUGAUCAGGUAGAGGAGUGCUUACGCCAGGAGUUGCUGCAACAGCUGAGGGCAGAGCUAGCGCAGCAGCUUAGAGCCGUGCCGGGAGGAGAGCAGCUGGGUUACUGUGGUGAGGAUAACAGUGGGGAUGAUGCUGCUGCUGCUGGUGCCGCUGGCACUGCUGGUGCUGUGGCAGCGGUGGCAGCACCAGCAGUAGAAACGACUGUGGCAGCAGCAGUGCAUCUGCUGCUCGCCACCUGGCGCACCGCCCGUUUCCGUGCGCUGUCAACGCGACACCUGGCAGCGCGCGCGUACAUGCGUUUCCUGCAGCUGACUGGGUCGUCUUGGGGAGGAGGAGGAAAGUGGGGUGGGGUGUUGUGGGAAGGAGGAGGGGUUGGUGGGAGGAGUGGGGAAGAUGGCGGAAGGAAGAGCAGGAAGAGGAGCAAGGGGAGUGCGAGUGGUGCAAGGGAGAAUGGCAGGGAAGAAGAUACGAUGAGCAGGAAGGAGGGAUGGUCGCAGGGUGUGGAGGGGUUGGAGAGAGGUCAGAAGGGGUGGGAGGCUGCUGGGAUGGGUGGGGCGAAGCAGAGCGGGUGGGAGGAGAGGAUGGAAGAGGAUGGUGGCUUGUGUGGCGAGGGAGCUGCGGCUGGUGGGAGUGGAGUGCUGACAUGUGUCGCGAUGCGAGUGGUGGAUAUUCUCAUGCAGCACGGCUCGCAUAUGCCGCCCGUGAUUGCCACCCCCGUGGAUGUUGGAUGCCAACAUGCCUGGCAGCCCAUUCUCCCGCAGCUCCUCGCAGCAAUAUCAGCACAGCGCAGUGCAUCAGUCAGGCUGCAGCUGACACGUGUCCUGCUCUCAUUGGCCGGCGCCGUCCCGGCCCUGGUGGUGUUCCCGUUGUGUGCGGCUGAGAAGCACCGCCUGCAGCACCUCAGCCUCGCGCUCGCCUCCCUCCCUGCUGCUGCUCCUCCUACCGCCCCUCCUCCUACCGCCCCUCCUCCUACCGCCCCUCCUCCUGCCGCCCCUCCUGCCGCCCCUCCUGCCGCCCCUCCUGCCGCCCCUCCUGCCGCCCCUCCUGCCGCCCCUUCUGCCGCCUCUCCUUUUUCUCCCCCACAUUUCCCGGCCAAUCUGGCCGGUUCCACAAAUGCUGCUGUUGCUCCUUCGUUCGUCGAUGCUGCUGAUCCAUCAGUCGUGGUUGGUGACGUGGCAGCUGACCUGGCAUGGCACGUGGCGCUAUCUCAAGCCACACCGGGAUGGCAUCAGCUGCGAGCCGCUCUUUCCUUCCUGGUACUCGUUUGGAGACCUGCUCCCUCCUACCCUUCCUCCUACCCUUCCUGCCCUUUCUCCUAUCCUUCCUCCUGCCCUUCCUCCUGCCCCUUCCGUUCCGUGCCUCUCUACCUCCAAAUUUCCCUGCCCCUACCUCUCUAUCUCAAUCUCCGCCCUCUCAUCUCUGCAGCUGUAGCGGCGCUGCAGUCGCCGCCCGCUGACGUCAGCAGCGGCGCACUACGAGACAAAUGCCGCCCGCUGGAGGCGGCUGUAGCGGCGCUGCAGAGGGAGCAGAGGCGGUUCCUCGCGCUGCCAGAUGUCGCACCAGGAUUCGCCGAUUUUAGGGACACUGCAGCCCCAGUCCCUGGUUGCUUAUCCAACUCCGUUACAAGCAGAUUCGUUACAGGGAGUAGUGAUUUUGACGCUAUAAAGAAUUUUUGUGCUUAUAACGAAGGGCUAGUGACAGUAGCUGCUGUGAGAGACAAGGUGGAAGUUCUCAGCACCAAGACCCGCCCCAAGCGCAUCGUGAUCGUCGGAUCCGACGGCCAGGAUCGCAGCUUCCUGAUCAAGGGCCGUGAGGACCUCCGAUUGGACGCGCGGAUCUCCCAGCUCUUCCAAGCAGCCAAUGCGCUGAUGCAGAGCCACGGACCAACCAGGAAGCGACAGCUGGCGGUAAGGCAGUAUGAGGUGGUGCCGACGGGGAGUCAGUCUGGAAUGAUUCAAUGGUUGGAGGGGCUGCAUAGCCUGUACUCACUGUAUAAGGCGUGGCAGUCACGACAGGCUGCUGCUGCCACCGCUGCUGCUGCUGCUGCUGCUGCUGGCGGUGCUGCUGGUGGUGGUGUGGGAGGGAAAGGGCCAGCAGCGGCAUCAUCGGCAGCAGCAGCAGCAGGAGCAGCAGGAGCAGCGGCAGCAGCGGCGGCGCCAGCAGCAGCAGCAGUGCAGCGGCCCACGGAGAUGUUUUUUGCCAAGGUGUCGGCAGCGCUGCAGGCGAGAGGCAUGAGUCGGAGCACGCCGCGCUCUGAUUGGCCGGCGGACUUGAAGCGCGGCGUGUUUGAUGUGCUGGCGCGGGAAGUGCCACGUCAGCUGCUGGCGAAGGAGAUGUGGAGCUCAACGACUGGCUCUGAGGGGUGGUGGGGCAAGCAGCAGCGGUGA